UCUCGGCGAUUUUCCGAUGGCCACCGCCUCCUUCCUCUUCGGCCUCAAGUACUCGGACAGCCUGACGGUGGUAGGCAUCUCCUUCUGCACCGCCGUCAUCUGCGAGGCGAUCUCAUGGGUUCUCAUCUACCGCACCAACUCCUACAAGUCCCUUCGCUCCUCCAUCGACAAAGCCGCCAAGAAGCUCGAGACCAUGAAGACCGACUCCUCCUCCGCUGUCAAAAUUACCAAAAAGUCCAAGACCAAGAAGAUCGACCGCGUUGAGAGCAGCCUCAAGGAAUCAAGCCGCGAUUUGUCGCUCUUCAAGUUCAAGUCCGGCGCCGUUGUCGCCCUCGUCCUCUUCGUCGUCUUCGGACUGCUCAACUCUCUGUUCGAGGGGAUAGCGGUGGCGAAGUUACCCUUCAAGCCCUUUGGGUUGGUGAUGAAGAUGAGCCACAGAGGGCUGCAAGGGGAGGAUGCGACGGACUGUUCAAUGGCGUUUUUGUAUUUUCUGUGUUCUAUCAGUAUUCGGACCAAUUUGCAGAAGUUCUUGGGCUUUUCGCCGCCGAGAGGCACCAGUUCCGGGUUGUUCCCCAUUCCGGACCCGAAAACCAAUUGAUGGGUUCACUACUCAGGACUCCACUCAUUGCCUAUUGGGUUUGUUCUAAAUUUUAGUAAUUUUUUUUUUUUUUUCAAAAAUUAUUGUUAGGUUGUGAUUUGUUAUUGUUGUUGUUUAAUUAGUGUUCUAAUUCUCUAAUGACAAUUAAGAUUUGCUUUUGUUAUCAUCAUUGGGUCUCUAAAAAGGGACGAAUUUUAGUCUUUGUUAUCCAUUUUCAUGUAUUAUUUACCAAAAUAAUCAAACUUUUUGUUUAAGUAA